AUGAAGGAAAUAAAAUAUAAAUGCUUAGUAUGUUCUUCAUUGUUUGACAGCCAAUUACUUUAUAGUAAACACGCUUGUGAAAAACAUAUGAUGAAGCUAACUACAUUAAUUUUAAAUACGGAAAGAGCAAAAAAAUAUUCUUGUCCAGAUACUGCCAACAUCUCAAAACUUCACAUAUCGACCUUCAAAAAAAAUAAGAAACUGAAGUCUUCUAUGUACAUAGAGGAUAAUCAAAAGGAUAACAAAAAAGGUACUGUAGAUGCAGGUAUGAUUUUCAAGUACAAUGCCCCUGAAAAAUCUACAGAACAUGUGGAAGAAAUUAAUAACUCUUCAGAAGCGAAUACUGCAGCUGCUAAUAUAUUAAGUCCGGUACAAGAAAUGAAGAUAUAUCACAUUAAAGGCGUAUUUUGUUCCAUGUGUUAUAAAAGUGAAUUAAAUUAUGUUAAUGAACUUGGCGAAGAAAAUAAGAGGCUAACUAAAUCAAUUUCAAAUACGGAAAGAGAAAUAAAAAAUUCUUGUCCAGAUACUGCCAACAUCUCAAAAUUUCACAUAACGUCCCUCAAAGAAAAUCAGGAAGCGGAGUCUCCUAUGCACAUAGAAGUUGAUCAACAGGAAGAAACUGAUAACUCUUCAAAAGCGAAUACAGUAAAACAAUCUAAAUCUAUCAAUAGCCAUGAUCUUACCAAAGAAGAAGAACAACAACAACAACAAGGGGCUAAAAGAAUGAAAAUAUUUGAAUGUAGUACACAUGUUCAAUUACAGAAGCCAACAACUCAUUUAAAUAAAAAAAAACUGGGAAACCAUAUUGUUACUCAAACUGCAGUUGCCAAAAUAGUACCUCCGAAGAAGAAAUUGUACUUUAACUGCCAAAUAUGUUCGAAAAUUUAUGACAUGCGAACAUUUGAUCUUGAACAGCUAUAUAAAAAAACUAAGAUACUAUCGACAUUUAUUUCAAAUAAAGAAAGUGAAAUAAACAUGUCAUGUCCACAUACCUCUAACUUACCAAUAUUUCACUCCCCCCAACAAAGUCCAGGUGAUAAUCAACAGGACAAAAAAGGUCUAUCUGCUGAUAGCAAGCAAGGGGAAGAAAUGUAUACAUUUUCAGAAGCGAAUACUGCAGCUGCUAAUAUAUUAAAUCCGGGACCAGAAAUUAAGAAACCUGUUAUUAAGGGCCUAGUAUGUUCCAAAUGUUAUGACGGCUGA